AUGAAACCUGCCUCCUGCCAGACCACCAAGAAACCUUCUCUGUUCGCUGCAAAGACGACUGCGGACAAACUUCGAGUGACCGGGUUGCUGGCCGGCAUUACCAUCGUCGUGUGCGUGGCAGAUUAUGUCCUCGCCGAGAUGGGCGGUGAGAAG